AUGACCUCAGCAACGCUAGGCUCGUCCAAUGCGACAUUGCUGUCGCCACCUCCUUCUCCCUACUCAGAGCCUGAGCUGCCAGUCAUUCCUACCAAUGACCUGGGAAUGAUCGCUGACGAUGACUCCUCGCGGGAAAAGGUUCAAGCUGGGCCAGCAGCAAAGGCGCUCAAGAAGCGCAGAGCUGCUGGGACGCGUCGCAAGGUUACCUAUGUCUCCAGGCAUUUCGUGAUGGAGGAGCCCAAAGAUGCACAGCAGGUUGAUGCUUUGAGAGAGAAUAACGACAUGUUUAACAACACAUUAGGUGCAGACCAUGAGAGUGCUCCAGUCAUUGCCACACCACCAGAAACGCCAGCCAGAAGCCGGGUCUGCUAUGGCCUCAACCUCGAUGAGCUCUCUUCAGAUUCGAGUCUCACAGAUGUCCCAGAUGACAUUGGGCCCGACCCAUUCUUGCCAUACCUUCAACUCCCUUCGCCUGUUUCUAAAGCCGAAGAAAUCAAGGUCACAGCCAAGAAGCACCGGGGUUCAAAAACGUCGCCAUACUUCCCACAAGUGCACAAACAUCGACCUACCUUCCUGGCGACAUUGCCAUUCCCUCCUCUUUCCCACGACAAGUUCGGCCUGAUGCAAGAGAGACUAGCUCAUGAUCCAUUCCGUCUCCUUAUUGCGACCAUUUUCUUGAAUAAAACGCCCGGAGAGCGCGCAAUGCCUGUCUUCUAUCAACUCAUGUCACGCUACCCCACGCCGAUAGAUCUAGCCAAUGCCGAAGUCAGCGACAUUACUUCGAUUAUCUAUGGUCUAGGGUUUCAGAAUCAACGAGCCAGAAAAUGCGUCGCAAUGGCAAAGGUCUGGCUCGAGAGGCCGCCUGCCCGCGGAAAGCGCUAUAAAAAGCACAAUUAUCCGUCAAAAGGCGAUGGACGAGAGGUCAAGCAAGACGAAGUUGUCGACGACGAAGAUGAACGCGUGGCAUGGGAGAUUUCUCACCUGCCAGGCCUCGGGCCUUACUCUCAUGAUAGUUGGCGGAUGUUUUGCCGUGAUCAGCUGAGGGGAGUCGCCAAGAGUUGGAAUGGCGAAGGGGCAGAGGAUCCUAAAACUUUUGAGCCCGAGUGGAAGAGGGUGAUUCCCUUGGAUAAGGAACUUCGAGCAUACCUUACUUGGAUGUGGCUAAAAGAAGGCUGGGUUUGGAACAAGGAGACCGGGAAGCGAACGAAGGCAAGUCACGAGCUUUUGUCAAUGGCAAGAGGAGGGGGGAUCGUUGUGGAAGAUAGGGACUCUGCCCAUCUCAUUGUCAAAAGUGUCCAAGAGGAGAACGUCGAUACUCUGAAGGAGAAGAAGAAAGUCGAACGGACCGCUGGAGAAUACUUGCCUGAGAAUUCGACGCAUGGGAAUUGA